AUGUCGCGCCCCUCGUUCCGCGCGCGACCGAUCGACAUCAACGUCGCGCUCGCGAUCAUCCGCGACGCGGACGUGAUCAACAGCGACGAGCAAGUCGUCGCGAGGGAGGCCGCCAUUCCGUUCGCGGUUUAUAUUAAACCCUCGAUCGACGAGUUAUUCCGUUCGACGUCGCGCGUUCGACGUCGCGGGUUCGGUUUGAAAACCUCGCGAGCGCAGUCGGAGAUUCCAAUCCCAGAGAUUCGCGCCGUGUCCACGUACGAGCAGGACUACCGGCCCAACUAUCGCAAGUCGACCACCUACCUCCGAGGCGCCACGUUCGGCGCGCCGCCCCCGGAGACGGUGGAGUACGACCUGGACAACGACGACGAGGACUGGCUCGAGAAGUACAACGACGGCCAGAACCGCCUCCCCGCGGAGAAACUCGAGAUCAUGAUGUGGAAGAAGGGGCAGAUCAUAUCGUACCAGGAUAAGUGCGCGAUGGCGGCGUCGACGAAGGCGCUGCCGAAGGCGAAGGCGAUCGAGCUGCUGGAGGAGGUGAGCGGGAGGCCCGCGCUGUUGGACGCGGUGUACGAGUACUGGGCGAACAAGCGAAAGGCGCGUUCUAUCUCACACUGGUCCCCAUACGACCCCCCGUGCCUGAGACGGCUGCAGCCGCCGCCGGCGCCGAACGACGCGAACCCGUUCAACGUGUUCCGUCAGCGCGAGAAGACGAACCGGCCGCAGACGCGUCGACGCCGGGAGAACGACGCGGCGUCGUACGAGAAGCUGAGGCAGAUUCGACGGCACAUGGAGUGCGCGUACGCCGUCGUGGAGCUGCAGCUGAGACGAGAGGAGAAGAAGUUGGAGCGGGCUCGGUGCGAGGUGGACGCGCAGGCGCUCGCGAUCAAGCUGAAGCACGAGCCGCGGACGCUGCACGAG